UCAUCAGCUCCUAGCUGUUGGCACCACGACUCACUAAAAGCAAGCAGAAUGGCCUUUCACUCUACUCUUCUUGUUUUCUUAGCUGGGCUGGUAUUUCUCUCUGAAGCUGCACCACUGGUCUCCCACGGCUCUGUUGAUUCCAAAUGCCCUCUCAUGGUGAAAGUGCUGGAUGCAGUCAGAGGAAGUCCUGCAGCUAAUGUAGCUGUUAAAGUCUUUAAAAAGGCUGCAGAUGGAACCUGGCAGGACUUUGCUACUGGGAAAACCACAGAGUAUGGCGAGAUCCAUGAGCUCACAACAGAAGAACAGUUUGUAGAAGGAGUAUACAGAGUUGAGUUUGACACCAGUUCAUACUGGAAGGGACUUGGCCUUUCCCCAUUCCAUGAAUAUGCUGAUGUGGUGUUCACUGCUAAUGAUUCUGGCCACCGCCACUAUACCAUCGCUGCUCUCCUCAGUCCUUUCUCUUACUCAACAACUGCUGUUGUCAGUGAUCCCCAGGAAUAAAAACGUACUGUCAAUGCAUAUAUUCCCUCCUCUGCUAGGACUAUUAUAGGUUUUUAGGAGGAAGGUUUUUCCUAUUGCUAAUGCAUAUCCUUUUGCUACAUUAGUUGGUUGUGGUUUUUUUUGGUUUUUUUUUUUUUUGUUUUUUUUGUUUUUUUUUUUCAUUUUGUAACCUGGCAAAAAUUCAGACAAGUCAAUAAAAUGUAACUUCUUUAAAACA